CCUCUGGCCCUUUUCUGUCGUCCGCUCUUGCUUCCCAGCGUGCUCGCUCGCUCGUUCAUUGCCUCCCUUCCCUCCUUCUGGUCUUCCUUCGCACGCUACCUGGUGACUGAGGCGCCCGCGACCAGCAGUGAGGCGGUGGCGGAGGACACUCAGUCAUGGCCGCCUCUAAGCCUGUGGAGGCGGCGGUGGUCGCAGCGGCUGCGCCUAGCUCCGGGAGUGGGGUGGGCGGCGGCGGUGCGACUGCAGGCCCCGGCACUGGGGGCCUGCCGCGAUGGCAGCUGGCGCUGGCAGUCGGGGCUCCCCUGCUGCUAGGUGCAGGUGCCAUGUACCUGUGGAGCAGGCAGCGGCGGCGCCGGGAGGCUGGGGGCCGAGGAGACGCCGGCGGUUUAAAGCGCAACAGCGAGCGGAAGACCCCGGAGGGUAGGGCCAGUCCGGCCCCGGGCAGCGGACAUCCCGACGGCUCCGGUGCUCACCUGGAAAUGAACUCUCUUGAUAGAGCGCAAGCAGCCAAGAACAAAGGCAACAAAUAUUUUAAAGCAGGAAAAUAUGAACAAGCUAUUCAGUGCUAUACUGAGGCGAUCAGUUUGUGCCCUAUAGAGAAGAAUGCUGACCUUUCCACAUUUUAUCAAAACAGAGCUGCUGCCUUUGAACAGUUGCAAAAAUGGAAAGAGGUGGCACAAGAUUGUACAAAGGCUGUUGAACUUAAUCCCAAAUAUGUGAAAGCUCUCUUUAGACGUGCAAAAGCCCACGAGAAGCUAGACAAUAAGAAGGAAUGUUUAGAAGAUGUCACUGCUGUGUGUAUACUAGAAGGGUUCCAAAAUCAACAAAGCAUGCUGUUAGCUGAUAAAGUUCUUAAACUUCUUGGAAAAGAGAAAGCCAAAGAAAAAUAUAAGAAUCGUGAACCUCUGAUGCCAUCUCCACAGUUUAUCAAAUCUUACUUCAGUUCUUUCACGGAUGAUAUAAUUUCUCAGCCCAUGCUUAAAGGAGAGAAGUCUGAUGAAGAUAAAGACAAGGAAGGAGAGGCCUCAGAAGUUAAAGAAAAUUCUGGAUAUCUAAGGGCCAAACAGUAUAUGGAAGAAGAAAACUACGAUAAAAUCAUAAGUGAAUGCUCAAAAGAAAUAGAUGCUCAAGGCAAAUACAUGGCAGAAGCAUUAUUACUACGAGCCACCUUCUACCUGCUUAUUGGCAAUGCCAAUGCGGCCAAACCAGAUUUAGAUAAGGUCAUCAGUUUGAAAGAAGCUAAUGUGAAGCUUCGCGCAAAUGCUCUCAUCAAAAGAGGCAGCAUGUACAUGCAACAGCAGCAGCCUUUGCUGUCUACUCAGGAUUUUAACAUGGCUGCUGACAUUGAUCCUCAGAAUGCAGACGUUUAUCACCACCGAGGACAGCUGAAAAUAUUGCUUGAUCAAGUUGAGGAAGCAGUGGCAGAUUUCGAUGAAUGUAUUAGAUUAAGACCUGAGUCAGCCCUGGCACAAGCUCAGAAAUGUUUUGCAUUGUAUCGCCAGGCAUAUACAGGAAACAAUUCUUCACAAAUCCAAGCAGCUAUGAAAGGUUUUGAAGAGGUUAUAAAGAAAUUCCCAAGGUGUGCUGAAGGCUAUGCACUGUAUGCUCAGGCAUUAACAGAUCAACAACAGUUUGGUAAAGCUGAUGAUAUGUAUGAUAAAUGUAUUGAUUUGGAACCAGAUAAUGCCACAACAUAUGUUCAUAAAGGUUUACUUCAGCUUCAGUGGAAGCAAGAUCUGGAUAGAGGUUUGGAGCUCAUCAGCAAGGCUAUUGAAAUUGACAAUAAAUGUGAUUUUGCAUAUGAAACCAUGGGAACUAUUGAAGUGCAAAGAGGAAACAUGGAGAAAGCCAUUGACAUGUUCAACAAAGCUAUUAACCUGGCCAAAUCAGAGAUGGAGAUGGCUCAUCUGUACUCACUGUGUGAUGCUGCUCAUGCCCAGACAGAAGUUGCAAAGAAAUACGGAUUAAAACCACCAACAUUAUAAAAUAGGGGGAAAGAGAAUGACCCUCUUUUUAGAAGUUUACUCCCUUUUCAACUGAACCCUAAAGACACUGUCAUGAACUGUGUUGAAUGGUGGAACUUAGUAUUUCUGUUUGUGCUGUUGUCAUUCAUUACAGGUUUCAUGUCUAGGUGUUGUGGGAGUGGCUGUUAAAGGAAGUUUGCAGUGAUGCAGCUUUUAUUCCCUGUGCAACAAAAGCUUAGAACCUGUUAAAGGGAUAUGAAAGCUGCAAAGAGUACAGAUGAUAAUUAGCCAUGCAAAUAAAAACUUUGAUUUGUUGA